AGCGAACAGGCAAGAUGUACACGCAGUCAAAAUUUUGAUGUGAUGGCGAUGCAGCAUUAUGACCUGUCGCUGCGCGGUGUACUUUCUCACUCCUUGUGUGUUAUCUUUGCGAUCUGUGUGAUGGAUCCAAGCGUAAUUCUGACAUCCACCCUUCCAUGUUCCAGUCGUAUCCUUCUCACAAGUCUUUGCUGGAUCCUUGUAGGAUAUUUAAAGGAUGAAUGCUCGCUCUUGUACGGAUGAUUGAGAAUUUUCAAAAACCUUGAUGUCAUAUCCGUUGACUUUCGCUAUGUUAUUGGCUUGUACACAAGGAAUCUGACAUUCUGUUUGCAGUAGUCAUGCGCACCAUCCUCUACGGAAAGAAGGCCGCCAACCUUUACACCCAGGCUUUCGUUCAGAACACCCAGGCUCGCGCCCUCUACCAGGAGUCUGAGGACACCUACUACCGCGCCAACGAUGCCGCGUCCUACGAUGACUGGCGCCGCGCCCGCCACCAGUGGGACUAUUUCUACAACCGCCACUAAAUUCGGAAGUGAAUUUGUUUGUAACUGGAUAAUGGCAGUUUGAGGAUGGUCUCCAUGUUUUAUUGAUUUCUGAGCUCAAUAAAAAUUCAAUGCUCACCU